AUGGCAACUGAUAGCAAGAUGAUGGGUGGAAUCUACCAGUAUCGAAUCAGUCCAUCAUGGGAUACUGCCAUGGUAACAUUGCAUCAGUUGACAUCACCAGCCACAUGUUUAGAUGUUGAUGACAGUCUCAUAGCUUGUGGGAUUGGUUCCUCUGGAUUUCAGGAAGGUUUCACUGUUAAGAUGUUCAACACAGAGAAUGGCGGCAUUGUUCAGACCCUUCACGGACAUAGUUGGGAUGUUUCCUGUCUGAAUUUAAUUGAUAGUCCACCUUAUAUGCUAGUCACAGGUUGUAAAGACAAAAAGGUCAGAGUAUAUGAUUUUCGUGAUGGUUGCUAUCCUGUGAUGUCCGUACGUGGUCACGGCGGUACUGUUACCGCAGUACAGAUGGAUGAGUGGAAGGUUGUAAGCGGUGGUAAGGAAGGAAUGUUGUGUGUCUGGGACAUCAGGAUGAAAACCAAACUCUGGGAAACAUACGCCAGACACCCAAUCAGACACUUACAUUUUGAUAAGACUACUAUGAUAUCAACACACAUCCCAGAAGUCGGUGUGAAUGAAGACAAUGAUGACUUUGAUAUAGUUGUACAUAAAAGGCAACGUGGUGAAAUCCGGGUGUAUAAUUUCCUGUCAGACCAAACUACUGAAGGCCUUCCAUCAGUCUGUCUGUCAACAUAUGAUGAACCUGAGGGUUACAACUACAAUAUAAGAUUAACUGUGCCAUAUGAUGACGUCUAA